AUACUAUCAUUUCCAGCCGUUUUUGCAGCUGCUGCUGGUAAUCAGUCUCUGCUUCCACGUCGAUUCACCAUUCCUACAUUGGAGGAAAUGCUUCAGUUGUUCAGCGCAGAGGUGAUACCACGAAAUAUUUCACAAAGUACUGGGUUCUUGAAUGAAAGUUCUGUGUCAUCUCCGAUCGUGAAGGGUGAGCAACUGAAGGGUAAGACUCGUAAAGUGACAAUGACUACAAAAAUCGAUGUACUCAAGCAGCAAAAGCUAAUCCAAAAAUGUGCUAAUGAAAAUCGAAUUACUUUCAGCAAUGAGGAAGUUCAAGAGGUUCGUGAUGCUGACCUCGCCGUCGCAUCCAGCGAACUCCUGUUUCAAACCUGGUCUGGAAUCUAUCUAAGUGAAGCUUUAGCAGACCUAAUGUUGCAAACAGUGCAAAUGACAAUGACAAAAAGUGACAGCUGGCGUGCCUGGGUUUCUAUUUUAAGAUUUCUGCAAGUUUUCGUCUUCUCAAAUAUCUACGUUUGUGAGCUCAACAACAGACCUGCUCUGAUAAGGAGUUUAGUCGAAAAGGCAUUGUGUCAUAGUCGUAAUGAAGUACGGAUUGAAGCUGCCGAAUGUUUUACGUCAUUCAUUCACUGUGGCCAUCAGAUGAUCCAACGGAACGACAUCGAUGAAACCCUAAAGUUGACCACUAGUGAAAGACUAGCUGAAAGACACGGUGCUGUGUUGAAGUUGUCAUCGGUGAUUCGAGCGUAUCCGUUCACUAUACCACCAAUGAUCGCACAACUUAUUCUCGACUAUUGUAAAACCAGCACGAUCACUGAGACACUACGUUCGUUUCUACGAACACAUCACGAUAAACUGGCCGAGCGUUGUGAACGAGAUUCGGCCAAGAUGAUCACUGACGCCAUCUACAACGUUAUCUCUCCGAACUAUUAUGUUUAG